CAUGCGCACAUGUCGGCAGGCGCCCGCGGUGUCGUGAAAUAGAAAGUAGGGCGACAGUCCCACUGUACACCGCACCCCCUGUAUAUAAGCGCGCGAAUUCCUGAUGACAGCGAACGUUUUCUCGCCAUUCCGAAAGACGCGCUUCGGGAUCCACAGGAUAUACACGCCGGGUGGACGCCUGCUGCUUCGCUGAUAUCGAAGACAAUCUUUGUCGCCGUGGUGUCGACGCACGCAAGGGAACAAUCAUGGUAUUUCAGGUGCUGUUGAUUGCCGCUGCCGCCACCACCGCCUUUGCUGGUUAUGCCCGGCCGGCUGCCGCUCCAGCUGUCGCAGCUCCCGUUCUCGCCGCAGCUCCAGCGCCUGUUCUUGUCCAGCCAGCGCACCCGUACAGCUUCGGCUACGACUCCAAGGAUGAGUUCGGCACCCAUCAGUACCGCAACGAAGUGAGCGAUUCGGCCAACCAAAAGCGCGGCAACUACGGCUACAAGGACGCCGGCGGAGUCUUCAGACAAGUCGACUACGUGGCCGACGGCGCGGGCUUCCGGGCCAACGUGUACACCAACGAGCCGGGCACGGCACCGUCGGCGCCCGCGGCCGCCGCCUACACCGCUCCUGCAGCCGCCCCCGUGGCUGCCGCGCCCGUGGCAAGGCCUCCUCCCCCUGCUGCUCCCGUUGUGGCCGCGGCUUCGUACAGGCCCGUGGUCAGACCUGCUCCCGUGGCCUUCCCGGCUCCCCCGCCGGCUCCCCUGGUCUACGGACCCGCUCCCGUGGCCAAGGCUGUGCCAGCGCCGUACCCAGCGGUGUUCCACGCGCCGGCUCCCUACUGGGCGCACCCGGCUCCCGCUGCAGCGCCAGUCGUCCACUCCGUCGCACCCGUCGUGCCGGCGGCUCCGGCUGUGCCGGCCCCCGCACCUGUGCUACCGGCACCAGUUCACUAUGGCCCGCCGGCGCCGCUUCACUAUGCCGCACCGGCACCACUUCACUAUGGCGUGCGGCCGCCAGUCGCCCUGACAGCUCCGGGGCCCGCACCGCUCGGGGUGGCACACGCGCACUACGUUCACUACUAUUAGGACACCCUGACGGACUCUCUGGGACGUCCUGAAUCUUCAUUCCAUCGUUCACUUCAUUACCAAGCUCUUUUUUUUUUGUCAAGUGAUGACGGAAGGAGGUCCGCAUGCUUGUCGUGCGCCGGAAAGCUAUGAAUGUGGAGAACGCGUUUCUCAGCUUAGAAUAAAUUGUGUCGCCGACGAAAUGAAGAAAUGUAAUGGAAAGUGGUCCUCAAGACUAUAUUAAGACUCAAGGCUUCGCCAUUUCGAGAACUUUUCUAGCGACAUGGAGACUGUAUGAGAAGGUGUCGUACUUAAAAGCAUGCAGUGAAGUAAGCGCAGUGCGAAGCAUUACAUCACCAAAAGCGCUGUCACGUAGCCCUUUAUACGCUGCGCGUUUGUUUGAAUGAUUCGUGACCAGCUCACCGAAAUUUCCAUUUCUUUUAGGCACAGACUUUUUUUUUAUAUCCCAAUGGUGCUAAGCUGUGAUUACUCUGCAGCUUUGACAUACUCAUGCAGUGACGAGGCUCAGGCGAUCUUUGAAGAAAUUCCGCGCGAGUUGACGCUGGCCGCCAGGUGGAGUCUUGGUUCUUCAGCUAUUGCCAAGUGCUGCUGAAAGCAAUAUCAUAGCGGAUGUCGAUGCAAAAACUGCACAGACGUAUAACAUGUUAUCAUUGACUUCAUUGCAUUCGUUGCUGUCGAAGUGGUCUUCCUUUAUUGCUUUUCUCGUGACAAAAAAAAUCAUGAUUGAUAUUAUUGAGCCGAUUAUCAGUGGCAAGACCUCAGAAUGUUUCUGUUCCAAUGAAAGAGAAGAUGUAAAAGAGUUAAUAAUAUCUGCAAGAUGAGCAGCAUUUCCUCAGACCACGAACAUCGUACACUGAAGUUGAAUUUGCGGCUGAGGAAUCAGCGCUGCAUGCAAUAUUUCUUCGUUAAUCAUACGAGCACAUCGAACAAGCAAACACUACUUUGUCUGAACAGCACAUUACAGUCUGUGUAUUCAAGAAUAAGCACAUUUCUGGGUGUAGUUUUCUGCGCUGUGUUCUAGUCUAACAACUAUUGCUCAUAGAAAACAAAGUGUUAUAAAUGUAAUAAUACUGCUUUUCUUCGGUAAAACUGUUUUCUUCGCAACGAAGGAUGUCAGUACAUUUUGAAGCGGUCUUUGUCUCCUGGACACAGAAGCCAGUUGCACAAAAACACGCUCUCUUUUAAUUGUAUUUGCUUGGUGCGGUCUCCGAGAUUAUUAAACAGCAUGGAGUCCCGAGGUUCUCGUUGUAAGAAGCAGUUUGUUAUUCAUUAUUGUUCCUGUUUCAGAAUGCACAUAAUUAUGUAUAUUGCGCUCAUUUUAAUAAAAGAGCUGACAUAGA